AUGGUAAAACAACGUGGAAGGAAGGCGGGGACAAAAACAGUAAACUCUAGUACUGUCUCAGAAGCAUCACCUUCACCAACAAGAAAAAAAACAUCAACAUCAUCAACAACAACGGGAACAUCUAUGCGUAUUACAAUAGGCCUUAAAGAUGUUCUUCCUGUAAUGAUUGUCGACAAUAUGGAUGAAAUACGACCCACGUACAAGAUGUUUAAUAUUAUUGAGGACUAUCAUUCCGAUGAUGAUGAUAAUAAUAAUAAUGUUGUGGUAGUUAACAACAAUAGUGAAAAUACAAAAACGCACACUGAUGUCACACCUCUUCGAAGAAAGAAACGAGUUCGUGAGUUAUCUGCGACUGUGUACCCGGAUGCUCCGACUCCUCGUAAAGGAUGGGCUAAACAAGCUCUACGUGAGGAUACUCCCUACGGCUUACUUCAGCGCCGUGAUCUCUUUGAGGCAUGUCCUUACAUGAUGGACCACAAAGAUUACUUGUGGUGUCACUCAAAAGGUAUUUCAAACACCUCUUUUGUUGAGGUAAUAACAAAACUUGAAAGGAACUACGCAAAGUAUCUUUUACAAUCUGCAAGAGGAAAAAGUAGCACUGUUGUUGAAGACAUUAACCACGAAAAUGAUGACAAUAGCCAACAACAACAACAACAAAAGGUAAAAGAUGUUGAUGUUUGCGGUGUUUGUGCACGACCAGAACUCUCAAGUGGAGUUGGAUCUUUUCUUCGUUGUAAACGUUGUGGAUGUCAAGCACAUGUACAGUGUUGGUUUUUACAACGCCUUCCAUCUCAUGUGGAGAACUGGCAGUGUCCAAGCUGUAUCGUUGUGAGAAGAGAAAGUAGUAUGGGACGCUGUUGCACUUGUGGACGUCGAGGUGGUGUGAUGCUUCCAUAUGUUUCGGGAUCUGACUGGAAACGUCAGGUAUCUGAAACAACAACAACAACAACAAGAACCAAUAAUAUGGGAUCAUCACAGUUUUGUCAUAUUAUCUGCGCACUCGCAUUUGAGGAGUUAACAGUUGACUCUAAGCAUCGCGUUGUGCAUCCUGUAAAACGAUCCAAGAAGAUAGAUCAUUUAGGACGUUGUGUAUUCUGUCAUAGUGACUCUUUGGGUGCACGUGUGAAGUGUCAUCAUCAUCAUUGUUAUCAAUGGAUGCAUCCUGCAUGUGCUCAACUGGCUGGUACACUGGAGUGUUACCGUUCAUCAAAAGCCACAGAUCAUAACGGAACAUGGGAAGGAUGUCAUUUAUACUGUCGUACUCACUUUGGAUUAAAUAUUAGCACUGUUUUGGGUUCUGAACGAAUAGGUGAAUUUGCGGAAGCGCAUGCCCUUCAGCAGCUGACAUUGGAGGAUUACAAUAAUAAUAAUAAUAAUAAUAAUAAUAAUAAUAAUAAUAAUAAUAAUAAUAAUGAUAGUAGUAGCGAUAUAGUAAAAAUACAACAAGUUUCUCAUUCCAGAGAGAAGUUUACUAAUAACAUGAUGGAAUCUGUAAAAGAGUAUUGGAUGAAAAAACGAUCAAAGCGACAUAAAGAAGCUGCGUUACUUGUGAAGGAAAUUCAGGAGAGUAAACGUGAUUUUGCAUCUAUUAUUUUUUGGCCUGAAAUUAUGAAGGUUACACCAACAGAGGUACGCCUUGCACGUUUUCUAUGCUUAAUUCCAGAGUUACAAUAUCAUAUCAACACUACUGUUGAAGGGGUGUUGCCUAUUCCUGAUUAUGAGUACGAUGAUGUACAGGAGUAUAGGAAAGAUCAUCAAACACGUACCAGACACACAGGUGACACGGUAAAACUUUACAAAAAGAUGAAAGUUGUAGAAUCCCAUAUUUCAUUAUUCUGUGAAUUGACAGAACUACUUCAUCAACGUGCUAUUGUACGACGAGAGUUGGUAGAAACAGAAUUGCAUCUUCUUGAAGCUCAAUAUAAAUUAGGUGGUGAUGUUAAUAUUCUGUGA